UCAGUGAAAGUUUGAGACGCGUCACGAUGACGUAGCAGAAGUGAGACAGCGGCUCUGAUGAGCAGCUGAAAAACAAACCCGGACAGAAGCGGCUCCUUCCUCCCGGAGCCUCGCGGAAAGCGGCUUUCACACCGGAAUUAGUUCAGUGCGGAGCUCAGGGAAUCCGUCACAGACACAACCCGUCGGCUCGCAGGGUUUUUAUCAUCGACACAACGACUGACGCGCUGCUGCAACACCGCAGCAUCUGCUCGGGCUAGCGAGGCUAACUCAGCGAGCUAACACCGGCUUCUAGCGUCAGGGAGCCCGGUGCGAGAGAGCGGAACAGCCGCGAGCUCUAAGGCAGGCCCGUCUCCGUUAAUGAUCUGUGGAGCAGAGGACUGCGCAGUGACCCGGGACCGACAGGGGACUCCUCGGGUAUUCAGCAGCGGAGCAGCUUCGAGCUAACGUCAGGAGUUUAUAGCGACCAGCAGCUAGCGGUCACGGCAGGUGCCUCAGCCCAGGUGCUGCCACAGUCAGUCCGAGGAGCUUCGGGCACUGAGACGAGUCAUGGCCGGUAACCCCUCUGCAGGCGUCAGCUGCCAGGCUAAUGGAGAGAACCCCCCGGGGCGAGUGGCCGGCUCCGGCCGCUCGUGUCGCCUCCAGUCCCAGUCCGAGUCCGAGUCCGACGUUGUGCCGACCGCGAAGAGCUUAGCUCUGCUGUGCAGCCGGGACGAGGAGGAGCGGGAAGCGGCUCUGGAGGAGCUGACCCAGGGGAUCCUGGUGAGUCUGGGACUGGACAAACCCGGCUCGGCACGGCUCAGUAAACGGACUCUCCUGCAUCUGCUCCGCCUGUCCCGCUCGUGCCCGCUGCAGGAGGUGCGGGAGAGGGUAGCCGGGCUCCUGAGGACCGCACAGGAGCAAGGAGUUGAUGUACCCCGGGCUCUGGUAUCCGGUCCAAGUGCCUUUAUCCCUGCAAAACAGACGCUGAAAGAAGAGGUGGACCAGGACAUUCUGAUCGAGUCCUUUCUUUCCCUGGGUCGCGUGGACCACGUCACCAUGGUGAUGGCGCUGCACCCUGCCUACCUCAGCUGCUUCCUGAGGGCCCAGCAUGCUUUGUUGGAGCUGGACGGCCCCUUGCCCUGUCACUGGAGACAUUACAUUGCUCUCAUGGCCGCAGCGCGACACCACUGCUCGUACCUGGUGCAGCAGCACAGCGCAGGCUUCCUGGAGGCUGGAGGAGAGGAGAGCUGGCUGAGCGGCCUUCAGCACGCUCCCACUAAACUGCGCAGCCUGCAAACGCUCAACAAACUGCUGGCGCACCGACCCUGGCUCAUUACACAGCAGCACAUCCAGGAGCUGGUGUGUCCUGGGGCGGAGCCUCGCUGGUCACUGGCUGAACUUAUCCACGCCGUGAUCCUCAUGGCACACGCCCAUUCUCUCUCCUCUUUUGUGUGGGGCUGCGGCCUGAACCCGGAACCCGACCACAUCGGAGGUUACACCUUCCAACCUCCCUCCCCUGGUCACCUUCCUCAUAGCCCCCAUAGCCCUGCUCCUGAGGACGGCAGGCAGGAGUUGGUUGAGGGAGCGAUGGAGGUGGAGGUGCUGAUGAAGAGGAUGGUGGAGCUGCAGCUGCAGGAGGAGGAGUGCACACAGGAGGAGAUGGUGACUCGCUUUGAGAGGGAGAGGAGCGAGAGCAUUCCAACAGCGGUGGUGCGUGGAGCUCCACCCGACCUGGUGCUGCAUCUGGUGGAGGAUCCAGAAUUCAGAUACGAGGAUUUUGCACCCAGAGGAGAACAGUCUCCACCCACCAUGAGAGCCCAGGACUAUUCGUGGGAGGACCACGGCUUCUCUCUGGUCAACAGACUACUGCCAGACAUGGGCCAGCUGCUGGACGAGAAAUUCCAGGUGGUGAGCAACUUGACAUAUCACAGGAUGGCCAUGCAUGAAGGAGUGGACACGCACACUCUGAGAAAAGCUCUGUGGAACUACAUCCACUGCCUCUACGGGAUACGAUAUGAUGAUUACGACUACGGCAGCGUGAACGUGUUGCUGGAGCGCUCUCUGAAGUUGUUUGUGAAAACCAUGGCCUGCCACCCGGAGCAGACCACGGCUCGUAUUUACCAUUCCUUCUGGAGGCACUUCAGACACUCUGAGAAGGUUCAUGCAAACCUAAUAGUGAUGGAGGCCCGGCUACAGGCUGCCCUUCUGUACACCUUACGAGCCAUCACACAUUACAUGAGAUGACGCACCCACUCAUGUUUUUUUGCAGACGCUGAGCCAGCUGUGACUUGUCCACGGCCCCAUGCAUUUACACGGCAUCCACAGUAAAGCUUGCCCACGCGGAGCACACACUACACUGAAUGUUUGUACAUGCAUAUCUUUAAGUGUUAAUGUUUUCAUGCUGAUUUGCGACUGGCAUUUCUGAUAUUUAAAAUGUGUUACUUGUUUUUGCACUGAAGCGUAUCCGGUUUAGUUUCACCGUCUGAGCCUGAGACAGUGACACGUGUUUCUGUCGUGCACAGACACGUCCACGUGCUACAUGUCAAGUGUUCAGGUGGAAUUAGGUCUGGUAUCAUUAAAAUCAUCGUCAUCGUUCAUUUGUUUCCUUUUGCUGAACGUUGGUUGUUUAUCUGACCGAUAUCUUUUCAUCACAACCUGCCUACUCAUACCUCAGUCCUCUCUCUCUGCAGCACAUGGAGGCUGAGAUACAAAAAUAAAAUAAAGACAAAAUAACUUGUAUUUUUAUAUACAAUAAAAAGUUACUUUGUUAUCAAAAUCAA